AUGGCGGGCCGCACGGUGCGGGUGCAGGGCUUCCCCGCCGAGCUGCCUCCCGACAGGGCGGCCGACAAGCUGACCAUUCACUUCCUGCGCUCCCGCAACGGCGGCGGGGACAUCGCCAGCGUGCGGGUGCUGCCCGGCUCCCUGCCCUGCGCCCUCAUCACCUUCGAGGCGCCGGAAGUGGCCCAGAGGAUCCUGAAGGUGAAAAACCACGUGCUGGCAAUCGGAAAGACACGGUACCCGCUGGAGGUGACACCACACGCUGCAGAGCUGAGCCCCAAUGAGAUCUUCACACAUGUGAACAUGACAAUUGACUAUGGCAAACUACCCACUGGCAAAACCCUCCUGAAGGACUUGCACAAAGGCUACAGCAAUAUACACUUCAGCUUCGACUCACAGAAUAUGCAGUGCAUAGUCCAGGGACCAUUCACUGAGCUGCAGACCUUCAGCAGAGACCUGCUGGGCAGCCUGAACCUCAAGAGAGAUGCCACUGGCCAGAUCCUCCUGCCAGCUUCCAGCUGUGAGGCCAAAAAGGUGGGAGUGCAUGAUCAGCAGCAAGUGCCUGACUCCACUGAGUCAGUACAAGAGGCAGCAAAGCUGCCAGACUGCGACCAGGUGCAUGAAAUGGCAGCUAAAGCCCCAUCAUCUCAGAGCCCAGUGAGUGGGAAAGCUGUGGAAGCUUUGGGGAAGCUGGAGGACUGUUCCCUAGCAGUGGACUCGGACAUUUACUUGUACAUGCAGAGGUUCUGUGCUGCUGAGUACCAGGGUGUGCUGCACCAACAUCACGUGGAUGUGGUGCAUGUCAGUGGCGAUGGCAUUGCUGUGUUGUACCUCCACCCAUCCGGAGGCGUGCCUGGGGACAUGGAUGCACUGCGACAGGCCCGCCUGGCCCUGCAGCAGCUCUACCAGCAGCUGGAGGCGAGCCUGUGCAAGGAGAAGAUUGCUAAGGAAGGGCUGGGAAUGGACAGCCAGGCACUCAGGGCUCUGACGUGUGAGCUGCAGAAGCUGUAUCCCCAGCUGCUCUGUGACGAGGAUGUGAAGCAGCUUUAUCUUGUUGGAAAUCGUGUUGAUGUGUCCAAGGCCAAGCAGUUCCUUGAGGAUUCUGUCACCAGGAGAGGUGCUGCACACACGGUUGACAUGCUGAGCAGCUCCCAGCCCUCUGGCACCACAGAGCAUGCACUACACCUGGCCAAAGCUCCUGUGCAUACUUCAUCCACAAGGCUUAGCUCAAGCAGACCAGAGCAGAAAGGUGAGUUCAAGCUAGCUGCCAACUUCAGCACCCUGAAAGAUGACAGGUCUCAGGCUGGCCAGGGCCUCCUGAUGAAUCAGGACUCUCCACCAGUGGGACAGGUGCAGCUUUCUGGGAAGCAUUCAUCAGAGAUAGAUGCUCUUGGUCAGAGUGACCCAAGGGCACGGACCCAGCAGUAUCGGCCUCCCACCCCUGUGACAGAUAAAGUUCUGGGGUCAGCAGCAGAGCCUCAGCAGAAUGACCACAGAGAAAGGGGCCAUGUGGAAGGAGGUGCCGGACUCACAAGAGAAAAGGUGCAGUUGCCUGUUGAAAGCAAAGCAAACAGCACUUUUCAGCAUCCUGAGUACUCUGAAGGCUCAGGUCCCAUUGGGUACGACUCCUUCGCUGGCAUCAACAGCAACUGUGAUGUGACAUGGACCUCUUUUGUUUUAGGCUGCAAACCCUCUGCAUCCAGGUCUGUGCUGCGACGGUCCAACAGCUUCACCCUACCAAGGUCAAAGGAAAGCAACAACUCUGGAGACAUCAGCAGCAGGGUGAGUGAGGAGAUGAGCCUGGACACUCUGCAGUGGUUUUACCUGAAAGAUGUCUGCCAUGCCACUAUUGAUGAGCUGUGCAGGGCUGGAGGAGUGCACAUCUUGGAGCGCCAUGCUGGGGACUGCACAGUGCUGACGCUGCAGGCAGAAGACAGGAGAAGGCUGCUCCAGGCUAAAUGGAAGAUGGAAGAUCUUGUGCAGAAGUGCCCUGACUUGGUGUGUCAGAGUGUGAGCUACUCAGAGCUUGCUGUCAGUGGUCCAGAUGACAGUGACCUGAGUGAACUGUGCAGCCUUUUGCGAGGAAAAUCCUUCCAGGUUGGACUCAGCAAAGACAAGUACAAGCUCUAUCUUGCCUGCCCCAAGGAGAUGCUUCCAGGAGUGGCUGAGGCUUUCCACAUGUUUUCUUCUAGGAGGCUCUGUGCCAUGAAAUCUUUAGCCAUGUUUCCUGAACCAGAGAGUACAGGGAAAUCAAGUGUCAUCCAGCCAAUCAGAAGCCAAGACCCAUUGCUGGAGGCAGCCCUUCCUGGCAGCCUGAAUUCCCUACAGCACCUGAACAUUGAUAAAGUAGACUCUAAAUGUGUGCUCCGGGUUUCCUGGUUGCCAGAGGCAGAGGAAAAGAGGUCCCCCAAACCUUGGAGGUUCCAGCAGGCUUGGGGGCAGGAGGAGGCCAGGGGCUAUAUUGAUUCUGGGUCUGGGAGAGGAGGAAGCAGCCUUCUGAGCCUUGGUGCAUGGGAUAAGCCAAGUUCUCCUGGCCUGAGGGAGUUCCAGGAACAGCGGAAGACAAAACUGUCUCUGGGGGAGCCUGACAGCACCCGGCUAAAACAACUCUUGCCAGACAGAUUCCAGUUUGCAAGAGACAAGAGCAGAGGAGGCCACAAUGAAGCAAUGGGACAGCAGCACUGUCCAGUCCCUGCAGCUGAUGAAGCUCCUCACUCUCUGCCCACCUGGCUAUCCAGGGCCGUGGCUGCUGAGCCACCCCCAGCUGUGGCCCACCAGGCACCUGCAGCAGAGCCUACAGAUCAGGGAAGGGCCCAGCUCCCAGGGGGCAGGAGCAAUGAGCAGGAGGAGCCUGACCUCCCAUCACAGCAGAGAGGAGACCCAAGCCUUGGACAGGAAAGCAGCAUGAUCCCUUUGGACCAGUGUGAUUCUUGCAAGGACUCAGGUGUGACCUGCCAGGGCUCCUGUGGUCACACCUUGUGCAGGACAUGUUUUGCAGCAGACAGUAUGCAGCCAGCUUGCUGUGGAUCCUCCUCAGCUGCUGCAAGCUGCAAAAUCCUGGGGACACUGAAGAUCUCCUCCCUGUCUCAGAGCCUGCCUGGAUACUCUCAGGACCCAACACUUCAGCUUGCUUACAGCAUCCCUGAUGGCGUGCAGGAGGUUGGGCACCCUCGCCCAGGACACCCUUACAAAGGGGGGAAUUUUUGUGCCUUCCUGCCUCAUAACAAGGAAGGGCUGAAGACAGCAAAGCUGCUGAAGAAAGCAUUUGAAUGUGGGCUGACAUUCCAGAUCAAGUCCUGCAAUGGAGAGGAAAGAGUAACAUGGGGCCCUAUCCCCCACAAAACCUCCUGUGAUGGAGGCAAAGCCAGGAAUGGCUACCCGGAUGGCCAGUACCUCUGUGAGGUUGGCACAGUUCUCAAUAAACUGGGCCUUGUGUGAUUCUCUCACAGCCACAGCCUGUGCCUUCCCCUUUGCCUUCUUCUCCUGCUGAGAAAACUGCAGAUUAACAGAGACAGCUCAGGAAAAAGCAGGUGUUUGUCAAAGGAGCUCCUGCUUUCCCCACAUGUUUCCAGAACUCUGCACAUUGGCAAAGAGCAGCACCUCCGUCCCUGCCCCAUGCAGGCUUCAGCAUGGAUCCGUGCUUCCCAGAAACUCCAGCUCCUCUUGGAUGCAUGUCCUGAAAUCACAGAACUGAGCCCCCUUUGGCUUUCAGUAGCAGACACAAACCUGGGCAGGAGUCUACACCUAGUCCAGCCCCAGCUUCUGGAAGUCACUUCCACCUCCUGCCACUACAGAGAGGUUCCAGCUCAGCUGCUGCCAGGGCUGGGGUCAGAGAUGAACUGUCUUUACUGUCAGCUCUUCACACUGACAGCUCAGGCCCCAGCAGACAGCCCCAUGCUCCAGCACCUGCUCUGAGGCCAGCAGGUGACCUGGUGCUCUCUUGAGAAGAACAUUAACAGCUUUCAGCACCCACAGCAGUUGGCUCCCAGGGACAGUCUCUAUGCUGACAAUAAACAGGAUUUAUUCUUA